AUGGAAGGGCAGGCGACGAAGCUGACGAGGACUCCGUCCUCCCUUCUCCGUUCCCCUACUGUCCGAUCCAUCCAGAGCCUCUCUGCCUUGGACGAGGAGGAGCAGAUGCCCCGGCCGCCGGAGCAUCACCACGGCCACCACCGGGAGGGUAGCCCCGACGAGGAGAAGAAGAGGCGGCGAAGGGCGCCGCACAAGUCUUUGUCCGCGCGGUGCCCCUCCUUCCCCGCUGUCUCCGCUGCCUCCUCCCUCGCCUCCGUCCUGCUGACCUUGUCCGUCUUCUCGUUCCUGUUCUUCUAUUACCUCCGAGAGGAGUCCCCGUUCCUUGGGAACCUUCUCCUGGCCUCCGCCGCCGUCGCCGUGGCCUCCGUCGCCGCCCGGCGGUCGAGGCUCCUCUGCUUCUCCGGCGCCGGCCGGCCGAUCCGCGGCGGCGGGGACUCCGUGGAGUGGUUCAUCGGCGACUCCAAGAAGGACCGCGACGAGGGGGAAGCCACUGCCGGCGCCGGCGCCGCCGAGGGGGUCAAAGAAGGAGUGGAGAUGUACAACAACGGUGACUAUUACGAGGGGGAGUUCCACCGCGGCAAGUGUAAUGGCAGCGGCGUGUACUACUACUUCGGGAACGGCAAGUAUGAAGGCGACUGGGUGGAUGGCCGGUACGACGGCUAUGGGAUCGAGAGCUGGGCGAGGGGGAGCCGCUACAGAGGGCAGUACCGCCAUGGCCUGCGGCACGGCGUCGGGGUCUACCGCUUCUACGCCGGCGACUGCUACGCCGGUGAGUGGCUCAACGGGCAGAGCCACGGAAUCGGAGUGCAGACCUGCUCCGACGGGAGUUGCUACGUCGGCGAGUUCAAGUGCGGCGUCAAGCACGGCCUCGGGUCCUACCAUUUCAGGUGGAUUUCUUGAAAACUCUCUCCAUCCUUUCCUCCCUCCUUUUUCUUGAAUCCGUCUUUGAUUUGAUUUCCGCGGACGUCUGCGCUGGCGGUUUCGGUCGAAUUUGACUGCAAGAUGGCUAGGUUUUUGAUGUUGGAGGCGAUCAUUCGCUCGCUCCGAUUAGUUCGGACGAUCGAUCAUCUCUUUUCUCCGCGAGGUGUGCUUUAAUCGAUGGAACAGUAACCCUGGCCCCCUUUCCUCGUCCACAGCCGGAGGAGGGCUCUACCCUUUCCGGGAAGAACAGUCGAUGGAACAGUGAACUUGGUCUUCCCCUUCCUGGGGUCUGAUGAACAGUCGAUAGCUAGGUUUUUUUUUUUUCCUUGAGAAUCUCUGCUUCGUUCUUGACGGUUGCCGCUAAGGCUGGGAUUCCGGUUAUUCAUUCUCCUGCAACUCACGACAUUGACCGACCUUGCUCUCGCCGCCCACCAUUGUUGUUGAUCACGGGAGAUGUGUGUUCUUCUUCCUCCUGCAGGAACGGCGACAGGUACUCGGGGGAGUACUUCGGCGACAAGAUCCAUGGAUUUGGGGUUUAUCAGUUCGCCAACGGGCACCGCUACGAGGGGUCCUGGCACGAGGGCCGGAAGCAGGGCUUCGGCGUGUACACCUUCAGGAACAGCGACGGCAAGUCCGGCGAGUGGGACCACGGGGUCCUCAAGGUCCCCCAGCCGCAUUCCCAUGAAUCCGUACGCCACGCCAUCGAGGUCAGAUUCAGAAUUCUGUUUUUUUUUUUUUUGCCUUCUCCCCAUAUGCACCGGUGAUGUUACCGGCGACUGAUCGGUGAUGGCGGCGCGAUGAUCGGCCAGGCGGCGAGGAAGGCGGCGCAGCAGGCGGUGCUUCUGCCGCGGGUGGACGAGCGGGUGAACAGGGCGGUAGCGGCGGCGAACAGGGCGGCCACUGCCGCCCGCGUCGCCGCCAUCAAGGCCGUCCAGAACCGGAUGGACGGCAAGUUCUGCGACAUUGGUGUCUAA